CUACAGUGCUGAUAGAGGCUCAAAGCACUGUUGGAGUCACAUGACCUGUGUGUGCAAGUUCCACAAUAUCUUACCAACACCAAGACUGAACUGGUACCUAAGCAACAACUUGAAUUCCUAACACCAAAACACCACAAAUCAAGCCAGACAUGAGCAAUCCCGAUGGUGAAAUUCUCCCAGGAGACCCAAGGUUUCAGCCUCGAUUAAAAUCUCAGUAUGUGCUUGACCUGGGAAAACCGGACGACGCGGACUGUGGUCGUGGCGUCCAGGAGACGCUCGAUGUCAUUGCCGCGCUGGAAAGCUCUGGAAUUCCUUGCUGCGUCGUCGACACAAAGGCUCUGGUGUAUUAUGGCGCUCGCCGAAUUCCUAUGAACUGGGAAAUAUGUGUCCCGACAGAGUCAUUGGAUGGAGCGAUCACCUUGCUCACCUCACCCCCUCUGAAUGAAAAGUACGAGGUGUGGCACCGCGUCCUGCCGAGGCCUCAAACGCUCAUGCACACCUACCCCCGCUUCACGCUCAAGGGUGUCAACUUUUUUUUCAUAAUCGUGCCGGAAUUCGAAUGCCUUCUUUCUCCUAGCCCAGACCAGUGCGAGCGCAGUGUGAGCGGGAUCCCGUACCCCAAGCUGGAGCUGUUUGCCCAGAGCCUGAUCGACCUGCAACAGUACGCUGAUCUGGACGACCUCGUUGACGGAAUGAAUCUAGAGGAAGAGUGGGGCGAAACCAACCUAGAGCUCGACAAACCACCGCCGCUCGAGCACAUCCGGGAGAAGAAUGACAUGAUUGCUCGCUCUCUACCAGAAGACAUGCGUGACGUCACUCCGCUUGCCUUGCUGAGUGAGAGGACGAGGCCGGCGCGGGAUGCAUGGCGGCGCAGCGUGAGCACGAAGAAUCGGAGGAUCAACGAUGAGCUGCCGAGACACAGGUACCUGACGAGGUUCCGGAAGGUCGGCUCGAAAGGUCCGCGUGAGAAUACGGACCGGGAGGUGUGACUGGUCUAUGUGUUCUUGUAGUAGCCUGUUUUGUUUUGUUUUUGGCUGAGUGCCUUGCUCAGUAUAUGGAUGUUGCUCAUAUCUUCCAUCUAAUGAAAUGAGAAAUGUGCUGUAAGCCG